UGUUACGUCUCUGUUGUUGAUUGAGAACAAAUAACAGAGAAGAUAGACCCGUAAUCGUAAAAAGAGUUCAUCUGCUAAGUUCAAACAACAUUGUAGCCACCUCGGCGACGUUUUCCUCCAAUCAACAUUGUAGCGUAGAAAAAUGAUGGUCCACAGCUGCAGCAUGCUGGUCUGUUUGGUGGCGUUGUUUUAAGGCAGAUUGGAGAAGUUUGUUAUUCUUCACAAGUCGUGCAUCAAUUCCUAGUACAAGGAAACUACUACAACACCAGUCGACUUAUCCGGACUUCCUAAGGAGUCACACUAAAACCAAUCUUGUUGAUCAUUCCACCUGACUAACUAUACCUCCCAUCAACAUGCCCUCUCAACGUAACUUCUGUGUGAAGAAGCUGAAGAAUAACAAACUUCUCCAAGCGUUGUUUUAAGGCAGAUUGGAGGAGUUUGUUAUUCUUCUAGAAAGAAGCGUUAAUUCGAGGCAGUAUGUCUGCAAAGAUGGACGAUGUUGUCCUGGGCUAUCCGGUAGUUGCUUGUUUCACAUUCAUUGAUUGACUUCUGAUUAACGGAAAUAGUUGUGAUUGACUUCUGAUCAUGGGAAGCGUUGUUCUUGCUCUGGGCGGCUCUCAUGAAAAGAACUCAACGUCAAGGAGACCUUGUCUAAUCCCUGUCUAAUUUUGGUUCUCCGAGCACCUGCUAGAGCCUGCAUUGGCGCUCUCAAUGCCCCGCGUCGGCCUUGAUGAACAACACCGACGGACUUAUGGCUUGUUAAUCAAACUGUCUUUGUCUUUGUCUCAUCUAAACCUCACGAGUCAAGUAGGGCGACACUCCUUGUCACUCAUGUGAUAGUGACGCCGCCGUCUCACCCUAAAGCCAAUACCAAUAGUGUUAGGGACUUCACUUUCACACUAACAGUAAGAGCUCUAUUGUCACUUUUACCUGUUUCUAAUAAAAGCUCCAUUCCUACUCUAACCCGAGGAACUCCAUUCCCAUUGUUCUAACCCUAAUUCAUUGUUCCUUUCCCAUUCUAAGAGGAUCUCCAAUCUAGUGGCACAGUGAGAGCUCGUGGACCUAGACAAACUUGGCGUGGUGCAUGUUAUGAUUGCUUGCAGCGGGAAAGCACCUACUCAGUCCAGUGCUACGGUGGCAAAUGUUAUGAAGGUCGCAUGAUCAGUCGCGGCUUACGCUUUGUUGAUGUUCUGAAGAUUUGUUAGAGCUUUUUCACCACAUCCCACAGGAGUAGUACUAGUGACAGGUAGUUAUUUACUUGUGGUUAUGAUUUUGAUUAUCCUGACUAGUACUGCCAGAGAAGUGCAACAAGUACAAGUGGAGGUCAACUCCUAAGAAUACGAUGAUCAGAGUGGUCGAUACUGCUACUCUUUGCACUGGGAGCCUGGACGAUGGUGGAGGAAACCGUUCAAAGUCUGUCCAAGAGUCAUGCCUCCCCUACCCAUUCCGCCAUAGAUCUCGAGAAACAACAUGACGAAAAACGUCGAAGUAGAAACAGAGGCUUCGAAGAUUCCGAAGCUAUUUACAAAUCUAAAGAAAUCAGUAGAAACAUGACCCCGUUCCGCCGUGAUAGAUCUUCUCCUGUUGUUUGCUUGUAGUAAUCAAAAUACUGAUUCUUGUUCAACCGAUUUAGUAUUUCUUAGCCGUUUAUUCUUUUGAUGGAGGAACUUACAGAAGAUACCCAUUCCACUGUAGCCAUAAAUGUGUAUCAUGGUGUGCUGUGAAGACUCUUAUGACACAGAUUCGUUUUCUCCACAGAUUCUGUUUCAUACCCGACCCAAGGUCUUCCUUUGUUGAUCUCUCCCUCCACGUGACCUACAAAGAUGAAUCAACAUGGCAUGAGAAGCUACAGCAUUUCGCAAUUUCAAACAUGUGAUGUGAACAAU